GUCGGGCAAACAAACGCGCUUUCAGCGUCAGCGGUGGGAUUUCUUACACGCACCCACCGACUGACGAGAAACAGAACGCAAAAAACUCGCACAACCCUGUAUAUAGUUAGACAAUAACAGAGCGCAAUAAACACGAUAAUAAGUUUCGGAGCGGCAAACGUCUUUGUCCCGUUGCCCGCGCCGCACGCAGAUGCGCUGAGCGCGCGCUGAGUCGCGCGUGCUUCUCGGUUUGGGUUACAGCGCAACUCAACGCCACACUGCUGUGGCGCGCUCAGUCGCACGAGCGUAUCUCGAGAGCCGGAGUUUAAUUCUGCUGCCUCGCGACUCGUUUUCUAUCAGUUACCCUGCCUGCGAGUCUCAAUUCAAGAAACCGUUUCGUAUCGGUUAGUGACAGUUUUGGACCAGGUUACGGAACAUUUUUUUUUCCUUUAUAUACUCUGGAUGUACAUUGUGACCGACGAUGUUUCAAUGGACCUGAAUGAGAAAGGAUUAUUCUUUUCAUCGUCAAAACAAUAAAUUGCGCGUUUGAACGAACUUGCCCACGGAUAAAAAGCGCAAUGAUUUUCGCAGCGAUUUACAUCGUUUUACCGCUGUUGGAUGUGCUGUUAUCUGCCGAGGAGUCUUACUUUACUAGUUCAAACCGGCUGGACUGCGUGAAGGCGAACGAGCUGUGUUUGAAGGAGCCGGGAUGCAGCACAAAGUAUCGAACUAUGAGGCAGUGCGUGGCGGGGAGGGAGACCAACUUCAGUAUGGUGACUGGAGUGGAGGCGAAGGAUGAAUGCCGGCUUGCGUUGGACGCGUUAAAGCAGAGCCCUUUGUAUAACUGCCGCUGUAAAAGAGGCAUGAAGAAGGAAAAGAACUGCCUGCGCAUCUACUGGGGAAUCUAUCAGCAUUUGCAGGGGAAUGAUUUACUUGAGGAUUCUCCAUAUGAGCCUGUGAACAGCCGGCUUUCUGAUAUAUUUCGACUCGCUCCCAUCUAUUCAGAGGGAGGGACUAAUGGCAGUCCCUGGAGCAGUCCCAUCACCGUGGCCCCAGGGAGAGGGUCCCAGGGCAGGUCAAGACAACUUGAACCCCAAGACCCCAGUAGAAACAGAAGGGCUCACCCAAACUGGGCUAUUCUGGGUGAGCCAGCGCUAGCAAAGGAGAACAACUGUCUGAACGCAGCCAAGGCCUGCAACCUAAACGACACCUGUAAGAAAUACCGUUCGGCUUACAUAAGCCCCUGCACCAGCCGAGUCUCAACAGCUGAAGUCUGCAACAAACGAAAGUGCCACAAAGCCCUGCGGCAGUUCUUCGACAAGGUGCCCCCCAAGCACAGCUACGGUAUGCUCUUCUGCUCCUGUCCUCUAGGAGAUCAGCUGGCCUGUUCCGAGCGCAGACGCCAGACCAUCGUUCCAGCCUGCUCAUACGAGGACAAGGAGAAGCCCAACUGCCUGGCACUGCAAGCGUCCUGCAAGACCAACUACAUCUGCAGGUCUCGUCUGGCUGAUUUCUUCACUAACUGUCAACCUGAGCCCCGCUCUCUCUCUGGCUGUCUGAAGGAGAAUUAUGCUGACUGCUUGCUGUCGUACUCUGGCCUCAUUGGCACGGUGAUGACCCCGAAUUAUCUGCGUUCACCCAAGAUCAGUGUGUCUCCGUUCUGCGACUGCAGCAGCAGCGGCAACAGCAAAGAGGAAUGCGACAGAUUCACAGAGUUCUUCACUGACAACGCCUGCCUCCGUAAUGCAAUCCAGGCAUUUGGAAAUGGGACAGAUGUGAGUGUUUGGCAGCCAAUGCCCCCAGUGCAAACGACCACCACUAUGACAACACCAUCCCAGAGGAACAGAGAUCGAGACAGAUCACCCAAUGCCAUAGAGCCAGGGACACACAUCAACCAUCUCAACCCGGCUGAUAACUCCCUCUACCAGUUCUGCGGAAGCCUCCAGGCUCAGAAGCUAAAGACAAACAACACAAUACAUGUGUUAUGUGUGGACCCACAGAUCGAUGACCCCAGCUCCUCCAACACCAUCUCCAGGAAUUCGUCCACUCGGCAGGUGUCUCUAUCAGGCCUUAGCUCUCUGCUGCUCCUGCUGGCUACCUCCUUGCACUGCAUCUCCACCGUAGCGAUGUUGUAGCCACCUAAGAACAUAAAACACGGACAGUCAGAAUUUGUACAAAGUCGAUCGCUGUUCCUGGUCAAUCUGUCGUACUCAGUACUCUCUCUUUCUCUCUUAGUCCCUCCCAUUCCUCUCUCUUGCUGUUCUGUUUUUAAGAGCUUUUGUUGAUGUUGUUGAUGCAACGAAACAAAGUGGUCUUGGUGUACUCGAGUUUCUGUCUCUCCUUCCUACUGAUUUUGCAUCGGAAGAUGAAACGUGAAAGAAAUGCGAGAGAACCCUGGAAUCAUUGCAGCAUUCCCAUGUGAUGUUGUGCAGUCUACGCACCCGCUGGUGUUUUAAGGGCCAGAAAUCAUAAGGACUCCUGUCACAGCAGUAGAGAUUAAUCUUAUCUGUGCACUUAACAGUACAGCGUGCACUAUCCAUUGCUCACUGGCACACAAAAGUAAAACCAAGACAGAACUUAAUUUUUGAGAUGUGGUCACUGUUUAUUUCUGCAAAUUGUCUAUUUUAACAUUAUAGUGAAAAUUAGAGUGUCACUAAUUGUGCUUCGCUGUAGUUUUUCUGUAGCAUCACUGGCCCGUCUGUAGGUCAAACAUAUCAAAAGACAUUUAAAAGAUGUCUAGUCACAGAAAGCGAAAAGAGGCUUUAGAAGGGAGUUUGCUGGAUGACCAGUAGGACAGUGAAAUACAUGAAGGAGCCUAUUUGACAACUUUGCUCUGGUUUGUCAUGGCGUGUCUGCGUGUAAAUGAGUGUGUGAAUGCGUAGCGCCAUUUGUGUGUGUUUGUUUGAAUGAUCAGGGGUUGACUGGAUGGAUAUGUCAGUAGAACUGGGGUCUACAGUUUACCGUAGAAAACAUGGACCGAGGCCAGACAGCAGGCAGCUUGACGAUGUGUCAGGGUUUUAUGUUACAAUUGCAUACAUAAGUAUCUGUAAAUUGCACAUUACCACUCACAAUGCUAAACCUUACCGGCAUCCACGUAUCUAUUGAGUAUAUAUUGCCUUUCUGAUGUUGCUUUGACAGGGAUUUUCAUACUUCGGCCCCAACGAAACAUGCAAACUAGUCAUGUAUGUAUUAUAUACUGUAGCCAUUUUUUGUACUGUAUGUCUAUACAAAAGUUACUGAAAGAGUCAGUAUUGUGAUCCUGCAUCACAAUUACUUUAAACUAGUGAGAUUUCUUAAAAAAAAUACCCAGAAGUCUUAUAUAUGUCAGUAUGAGGCAUGUGCAGUUUAACCACCUCAGCGGUACAAGUUAAAAGAGUCUAUGACAUGCUGCUUUGGUUUAUGUGGCAUUUUGAACAAAAAAAAUGUAUUGUUGUACUCCAUGUUAUUUACAAGACAUUUUAAGUGCUGCAUAAAAAAACACUCAAACAUAUAUAUAUAUAUAUACUUCUACAUGAACUAUGUUUAUAGAGCCUGCUAUAUUUGAAUUGGGAACUGGUUGUACAAUGUAUUAUCAUAUUGGAUAAGGAUGUAUCCCUUUUCUCAGUAACUAUAUACACAGUAUAUAUUUUUGUUUAGAGAUUACAGUACAAAUUGAAGACUUGCAUCUGUAAUUAUCGCUGUCCUGUCCUAUAUCACAAGGAGAUGAAGGAGAUGUACAACAGCCAUUUAUUUACUAUACCACUAUGUUAUUGUUUUAUGGUAAGCCAAAAAGAAAGGAAAAAAUAUCUUAUUUUUGUAUCUUUUUUGCAUUAUGAGUUUAUUUAUUGUAAUGUUGUCUUUUCUGCUGGUAAGCAGUACGGGAGGGAAAAAAACAAGCAUGAGUGAUGGAAAUGCAAUAAAGGCUAUUGGAUGCAGUUUGUUAUGGAUUCUACGCAGGCAUUUUGUGGUGGUCUGCUGUAUUUGGCUUUGGUUGCAACAUUAAGUUGCAGUGAAGAUGGGAGCAGGACAGUGAGAAUGCCACAUUGUGAAAACUAUUUCUCUACAUCCACAUCUUAUUGCUCCAGAGAAUUUACAAAUUAAACACAGGACUCUUCCACGAUCUGUCAUAUUUCUUCUUAGCUUGUGAAAAUGUAAAAAGUAUUCUAUGAAAACGAUUAAAAAUGUUGACUCAUUCA